GAAGUUAACUCAUCAACACACAAUAAUAAUGGCUGCUUGGAAAAUUGUUAGAUGUUUGUUUAUUAUUCUAUCAAUUAACGUUAUUACAGGGGAGGUAUUCAGAAAACCACUAUUGAGAGAUGACGAUGAUUAUUAUGAUACACCUGAUCCAGGAGAGCCCCCUCCUGAUUCCAGACCGAAUCCAAACUCUCUUCAUACACUGCCAUUGAAGCACUAUAAGUGUCACUCUUGUGAUCCACCUGAUUGCUCUACCCUCACAGUAUGCCAGAAUGCAGUCCAGUGCUGGAAAUCUCGAGUUCGAGAAAGCUCUGGAAUAGAAAGUUUCACAAGGGGCUGUACAACAGAUCAUGAACAAUUGCCCCUGUAUUGCAGAACACCUUCAGUCACUGUUCAGCACAAGCGUCAAGCUAGUGGUCAAUUCCAAAUAGAUUGUUGUGUUGGUGAUUUUUGCAAUGAUGGGGAUUUUCCUGAAUUACCACCCUUGUAUACAGAAAAUAUAAGUGUCUACUCAGAUUCCCUCAUUUAUGGUUUGAAGAUAUUUGCUGCUGUGUUAGGUCCACUUGUGGUAUUUGGAACUAUUGGAGUGAUUGCUUUGUACUUCUUGAGGAGAUACUAUAGGAACAGGUUAUGUAAUGACAGCAGGAUGGACCCUGAUACAUACUAUGCUUCUGAUGACCUACUUCGAGCAACCGCUGCUGGAGACAGCACCCUCAGAGAGUAUUUAGAACACUCUAUGACAUCAGGUAGUGGAUCUGGCCUGCCACUUCUUAUACAGAGGACUAUGGCCAAACAAAUAUCAUUGGUGGAGUGUAUAGGGAAAGGAAGAUAUGGGGAGGUAUGGAGAGGUAUUUGGCAUGGAGAAAGCAUUGCUGUCAAGAUAUUUUUCUCCAGAGAUGAGGCUAGUUGGUCUAGAGAAACAGAAAUUUACAGUACAAUUUUGCUGAGACAUGAAAACAUACUUGGAUACAUUGGUUCUGAUAUGACCUCCAGGAAUUCAUGCACUCAGCUGUGGCUCAUUACACAUUAUCAUUCCCUAGGUAGUCUUUAUGAUUACCUGAACUAUACUUCUUUAUCUCAUCAACAGCUAAUGAGACUGUGUUUAUCUAUUGCAAAUGGAUUGGUACAUUUGCACACAGAAAUAUUUGGCACACAGGGAAAACCAGCAAUAGCACAUAGGGAUAUUAAGAGUAAGAACAUAUUAGUGAAGAUUAAUGGAACAGCUUGUAUAGCUGAUUUUGGUCUGGCUGUUACCCAUUCUCAAACCACUGAUCAGUUGGAUAUAGGAUCCAACCCCAGAGUGGGAACUAAACGUUACAUGAGCCCUGAGGUUCUUGAUGAAUCUAUUUGUAUGGAAAACUUCGAUUCCUUCCGGAGGGCGGAUAUCUACGCUCUCGGAUUGGUCUUCUGGGAGCUAUGCCGCAGAACUGUUAGCAAUGGCAUAGCCGAAGAUUACAAGCCACCUUUUUAUGAUGUGGUGCCUAGCGAUCCGAGCUUCGAGGAUAUGAGAAAAGUCGUUUGUGUCGAUCAACAGAGGCCUAAUUUACCCAAUAGGUGGACCAGUGACUCGUUAUUAUCUGGGAUGGCAAAACUUAUGAAAGAGUGCUGGCACCACAACCCCAAUGUGCGCCUCCCAUCUCUUCGAAUAAAAAAGACACUUCUGAAGUUGGCUAGCACUGAUACAAUCAUAAAUUUGGAUGAUAUGGAAGUAUGUGUGUGAGUUUGAUGGACAAUUUGGUUCAACAUUUUUUUAAUUCACCUUAGAGCCAGCGAUCGGCAGACUAGCAAAUUCCAUAUUGAUGCUAGGUAUACUAUUUCACCUGCCGUAGGUGAAAUGGGGAUUCACUAUCCCCGACGACGGUUCCUUUGGGCGUGUCCAGAAGUCGAAUAAGGUC